AUGCCCAACGUCCCGAAGAACAAAGUUAUCAUAGGCAAAAUGCUCAGCUACCUGCACGGCAUCCUCUCGGACUCGCCGAACCGUACUUGCGUGUUCAUCGGUAAAGACCUGAAUGGCGGCCUCCAUCGUACCAACACUCUUGAAGACGACGACGACGCCACCAUUGGUAUGCACGCGCACGGGCAGCAGCACUACGCUGGUGAAGCUUUUUUUUCUCACACAUGUAUGAAGGACUACGCCCUAUGUGCGACGAACACGCACCACCCGCGCGGCCCUACUCUCACGAACUUCGCGGACACCAGCUACAUCGACUACCUCCCUCCGAUAGACGUGGACUGCACCGUCGCGUGCGACAAGCCCCAGACGACGCCGCAGUGGGACUACACCCGCAUAUUCCUAGCCUGGAAUGACGGAAGGGUCCUCGACUGGGCGAAGCAGCUCCGCGAUGACAUAGAGAUGGACAUGUGGCGGACUGGGCAGAAAGCACGCUCGCCCUCCGACGUUGCAGCGCAGCUUGCAGACAAAUCCGACGUCGACUGCGCGACCUGCGAGAUGAGCAGCAUUUUCACGAACUCCAACAGGCUGACGAAGCAAGACUGGAAGCAGAGGUCUGGCGAGCUUGCCGACGCCUUGCUGGCAACGGUAAGGACAUUGGCAAGCGAUGCUACUUCGAUCUACCUGACGCUCGACCCUCCGUUCAGACCUGGACCGAAGAUAUGGCAUUGCCUGGCGCUGAAGUUCACGGGGACCAACGUCGACCUCAGCGUUCGCAAGUACGCAGACGACCUUACCAAGACUCACAUGUGUCACGAUACGCAGAUGGCGGCCUACAGAGCACAGCACUCCGACCAGAUCUUGCAUGACAAGCUGAGCGCGAUUGGCGACGACUGCGAGCUCACCUUCGCCACGACUGGCGAGUUGCAAGCCCGCGUGAACUCACUGCCCAGCGCUGGAGAGCACGCAGGCGCUGCCGCGGCAGCAGCGGCGCAGCCUGCUCGCAAGCACCGCCGCCGCCAGCAAAGAGAGCGCGGCGACCAACAGAGUGGGUCGAAGUCCAAGCUUGUGGACGUGGGCCCACUCGAACUGGAGGAGAUGGACAUGAAAGACAUUCAGGUCAUGUUUCCCGCAGUCAUGAAACUACUGGUCAACGCGGCGAUGGGGCAGCGACAGACCGACGCCAUCUUGAUCAAGACUUACCUCGUCUCCCCCAGCACCAGAAGCGCCGCGGCGAUCCGAGCCCGAGUUCGGGCGUGGGUGGAAAAAGCAGAAGAUAUUCGCAGCUCGACGGCGGCGCCACAGAUCGACGUUGAGAUGGCGAAGACAGGCGCGAUCCGCACCGCGGCCUUCGCAGGCUUGCUCGAAGGUCUUCACCAGGAAGGCGCGUCCGUCGGCUGCCUCAACCGACAGAACCUGACGACGCUCGGCAACAAGCUGAAAGUUAUGGACAUCAAGCAAAACGUCGAGCUCGCCCCACUCGCGAACGCCAGCGACACUCACGACGCAGCGCAGUGCAAACUACAAAUCAACCUCAACCCCAGGAGCGACGUCGACCCCAGCGCGAUUCACGACUCACUCAUCCAGACGGGAGCGAGGCGCAAGCCAGGACAGGGACCGAUGGUGCACAUGGAGAGGCUGCGCGCCCACCGCCUGCGGGAGAUCCUCGUGGCCUUCGUGGCCGGCUCCCUGAGCGUGGUGGCGAUGCUGUCCGCCGUGCAGCGAGCGGGGUCCAGGUGGCGGUGCCUGCAAAGGCGCGCGGAGGCCGUGCGGGUGUCGCUGUACAACACCGUCCCCGAGCCGGUGAUCACAGCGGUACAAUGCGUGUCGAACGCGACCAGGAGCUUCUCCAGGACGUCGGAGUUCGGGCACGCCAGGUAUCUCGCCCUCUCCACCGAGGACCAGGACGAGGGCUGGUUCCAGGGGCCCGCGGAGUGA